CCAUCUACUUUAGACUCACUCAUGCACCAGACCUCCUACGAAACCUUUUCACGCGUUGGUUUCAUCACUCAUGAUUUUUUUCCUAGGAGAUCACGCCAUGGGUGUUCAGCUUGUUGUGGCCCUCAUAUGCGCUCUUGUGAUACCGCUGUUACUAGUCUUUUUGAUUGACACGAAAAAGAAGACAAGAGCAUCUAGGAAUCUCCCUCCUGGUCCUAGGAAGUUGCCGAUCAUCGGGAAUUUGCACCAGCUCGGCUCCUUGCCUCACCGAUCGCUCACGCGCAUCUCAAAACAGUAUGGCCAGAUCAUGUUACUCCAGCUCGGGUCUGUUCCCACAUUAGUCAUCUCGUCCGAAGAUGUCGCCAGAGAAGUAUUCAAGGCCCACAACCGCGCUUUCUCCGGCAGACCUGUCUUUUAUGCAGUGAAGAAGUUGACAUACAAUUGUUCUGAUGUAAGUUUCGCUGCCUAUGGCGAUUACUGGAGAGGGCUCAGGAAAUUAGUGAUCCUAGAACUCCUGAGCAGUAAGAGAGUCCAGUUGUUCGAAUCUGUGAGGAAGGAAGAGGUUAAGCUUAUGCUAGACGCAAUCACUUCUUUUCCAGGUCCCGUCAAUAUUGGUGAAAUGGCACUUUUAUUGGCUAACAAUGUUGUGUGCCGAGUGACUUUUGGUAAGAAAUGGCAGGCUGAAGGUGGUGGUCGAAAGAGCAAAUUUCACGAGACAGCCCACGAAAUACAGAGCAUUUUAGGGGGCUUUUGUGUUGCGGAUCUGUUUCCACAGAUAGCUUGGUUUAACUGGCUCAAUGGCUUCAAGGCAAAGGUCGAAAAGAACUUCAGGGAGUUAGACAAGUUGUACGAUGAAGUGAUCGAGGAGCACCAAGACCCUGAAAGGCCUAACCCCGAUCAUGAAGAUCUUGUUGACGUGUUGCUUCGGUUACAAAGGGAUCCAAAUCAAAUGAUUGCCCUCACUGGGGAGCAAAUUAAAGGAGUAUUAACUGACAUGUUCAAUGCAGGAACAGAUACCUCUGCAACCACUUUACUCUGGACAAUGACAGAACUCGUCCGCAAUCCAGCUAUGAUGAGAAAAGCACAAGAAGAGGUUCGAGAAGCAGCAAAAGGAAAGUCACAGGUUGAAGAGACUGACCUUCUAGGACUCAUCUACCUUAGAUCAGUCAUCAAAGAGGCAUUAAGACUCCAUCCACCGCUCCCUCUUUUAGUACCAAGAGAGACGAUUGAGGAUUGCAAGAUAAGGGGAUACGAAGUUCCUAGAGGAACUACUGUAUUCAUUAAUGUGACAGCAAUCUCCACAGACCCAAAAUCUUGGGAAAACCCAGAAGAGUUCAGGCCCGAGAGGUUCUUGAACAGCUCCAUCGAUUUUAAGGGACAGAACUAUGAGUUUCUGCCAUUUGGUUCUGGCAGGCGGGGAUGCCCUGGCAUUAACUUCGGUGUCGUGAUAGUUGAGCUUGCAUUGGCAAAUCUUCUUCAUCAGUUUGAUUGGAAACUGCCUGAAGGGAUGAGUAUCGAAGAUGUCAACAUGGAAGAAGCUUAUGGCCUUACGACUCGCAAGAGGACUCCUCUUUGCCUGAUAGCAACCCCCGUGAGUGGUUGACGCUAUGUUCCGACGCUACCAAUAGAAAAGUUUGCUUGAUUCACUCCGUAAUAACGGAGACUUUCUUCUGUCUUGGCAUGUUUCUUGUGUUGUAUGCCCACUACAAGUUUUCCUGUUUGACUUUGUGGUAGUUGCUGUUUUUUUUGGUAAGGUUUGUGGUAGUUGCUGUUCCUAGAUCUUGUAGCCUGAAUUAUUCAAAAACUUGGGAAAAACAAAGAUCUUAGUAACAAAUAGAUGCUUUCUUUGUUGGGGUGAUAUACUCAUUUUUCUUAGUGAACUUCAUUGUAUCA